AUGACAACCGUCAAGAAAAUAUCCGCAGAAGACUUCAAAGAAUGGCUCGACGGUGCCUUUAUUGGCGAUCCUGCGACCGCCCGUUCCUGGUGCGAGCGCACCAUGAGCCCCAACUACCUUCGUCACCAGGCCGGCGGCGACCGCACUGAUUUCGAGCGAGCCGUUGAGAAAAUUACCUUAUUUCGCACUGUGUGCAAGAAAUGGGCGACUUCAGUCAAGUUCUUUGUGCAAGAGGAAAACCGGAUUGCGGCACGCGUGAUGUGCUCGGUGCUCGUGGGAGACGGGCCCGAGAGGAAGAUGGAGUUGAUGUUUAUGGGGGAGCUGGAUGAUAAAGGCCGUUAUGAGUAUGUGUGGGAGCAGUCUAGUGAUUAUACACAGGCUGAAUGA